CUGACCCAGCCCUGGGUUAAUGCAGGAGACCUCCAACCACUGCACCUCAUGCAAAAACCCCUGCCCCAGCAGCUCCUAAACUGCCCUUAUUACAUACAGUCCCAGCGCAGGCGAGGGGGUUCUCCUUCAGGACGUUGCCUCAAAAAUGGAGAAAUCGAGCCACUGCAGUUACGUCCUUCAGCAGCUUUACAGCCAGCGGGAGUGGGGGUUCCUCUGCGACUGCUGCAUCGCUAUAGGGGACAUCUAUUUCCAGGCGCACAAGGCCGUCCUGGCCGCGUGCAGCUCUUAUUUCAAAAUGAUAUUCAUAAACCAGCCGCAGACGGGAGCCCAGCUGAACCUGGGCAGCAUGAAGAUCAGCGCUGAAUGCUUCGACCUCAUCCUGCAGUUCAUGUAUCUCGGGAAGAUUCUGGCCGCUCCGGAGGACUUCGAACAGCUGAAGCGCGCGAUGAGCUCCUUACAGCUCUACGUCGUCCCCGAAUGUCUCGAGGAUAUCCAGGACGCCGGUAGCUCAAGUCGUAAGUGUUCGUCCUCGGCGUCGAGCAGCCUCGCCGGUAAGAUGGUCUUUGGGGUCCGCAUGUACGAAGAAGCAUCGGCCAAGGUUGGCGAAGAGCCCACCAGGUGGACAUCCGAGCCAACUUUGUCAACCAACGUUCUACCAGCAAACAAGCCGGACAUUGGUUUUACGCCGGCGGGGCGCAAGCAGAUACCCGAUACCAGCAAGAAAAGCAUUGCCAAAGUCGCCAACGCCAGGGAGCGCGUUUCCCGGCGCUUCGGAAGAAGUUACACCUGCGACAGCUGCGGCUUUGUUUUCAGCUGCGAGAAGCUUCUGUAUGAGCAUGCGCAAACGUGCACCAACAGGCACAGUUACCAAAAGAAAGAGCCGUCCGGUAGCGAGCAGAACGAGAGAGGGUCUCCCAGUCUCAAGAUGUCUCCGUGCCAAGACAAUAGGUGCAGAGCAGAUUCAAGCCAGUCCAUAGAGGAACCUUUGUCCUCCUCAAGUAUGAGAAGCUCAGGAGAUCCUUCUGGCCAACUGAAGAACUCGGCCAUUGACACGACGGCCAGAGGUCCGGUGGUAAUUAAGAUAGAGUCCGAUGAGAAUUCGCUCGUUGAAAUGGAAGACAUUCAUAUCGUUAAAAUCUCAGAUAAAGAUUUCUUGGAAUCCUCUGAUAUUGAUGACUUCGAAGAUGAGCCCGACGAGCCCCUCGGUAGUUACGGCCUGGAGGAGCAAUAUAGCAAAAUGUCCAACGAAGAACGCGCUAGAAGCCCUCUGUCCGUCAAUUUACGACCGAGGAACGUCCAAUACCAGAAGAUGGAAGAACCUGAGGAAGCGGCCGAGCCGGUGUGUGAGAUCUGCGGCCUGACCGUUACAGAAGACGACAUCUCGUCGCAUUACUUGUCCAAGCAUAUAGAAAACAUAUGCGCUUGUGGGAAAUGCGGACAAAUCCUGGUGAAGGGAAGGCGGUUGCAAGAACACGCGCAGAGAUGCGGGGUAAGCCAAGAAACGACGGAGAACGAUACAGAAAGCAACGAGGAAGGAACGCACUUCGGAGACGGCGGCGAGGAGCGCUCGGCAGAGCUGGCCGACGCGUGGAACGAUUUAAGCGACGGCAGCCUGAGAAGUAACAGCAGGAAAAAGCACGCCGCGAAGCGCUCGGCUUGUCCUUAUCGCUGCCCGAGUUGCGGGCAGAGGUUUGAGUCGGAGACCUCGGUGGUGGAGCACAUGUCUCGGUGCCUGGAUCGCGAGGCGUACCCCAAUUCCGUCCUGGACGAGCAAGACCAGGACCACCGAAGGAAGCACUUCUGCAGCAUCUGCGGGAAGGGGUUCUACCAGCGCUGCCACCUGCGGGAGCAUUACACGGUGCACACCAAGGAGAAGCAGUUUUCCUGCCAGACGUGCGGCAAGCAGUUCCUACGCGAGCGCCAGCUCCGCCUGCACAACGACAUGCACACGGGGAUGGCUCGCUACGUGUGCUCGCUGUGCGACCAGGGCAAUUUCAGGAAGCACGACCACGUGCGGCACAUGAUAUCCCACCUGGCAGCGGGCGAAACCAUAUGUCAGGUCUGCUUUCAGAUCUUCCCGAAUAACGAGCUUCUGGAGGAGCACAUGGACAUCCAUCUGUACACCUGCGGCGUUUGCGGCGCAAAGUUUAACUUGAGAAAAGACAUGAGGCUGCAUUAUAAUUCAAAGCAUUUCAAGAAAACCUAGACUGUUACGUAGGCUUUAUCGGGUUAAUUGCUUGUUUUU